AUGGCACGCCCAUGGCGUUUUACAUGUCCCUGGCGAAGUAUCUUGGCUUUACUAUCAAGCGUUUCUCUUCUCAUUGCAUCAUCCAUCCCAGAAGAUGCCAAUGAGUACGGCUUCUCAUUCACAUCUCGCGAUGUCGGAAGAGCAGUACCAGACUUCAUACUGAAACACGCGCCACUGAUAUGGCUACACUCAGACGACCCAUUCCGCCCGGCAGAUAUACUCGAACAUGUCCGCCAUACCACGCCGAUGGUGCACAUGGAGCCCAUCAGAGGACUGCCACAACUCGAUCUCGAUAAUUUGGCUAUGCUAAACGACUACUGGAAUAACGGCCCAGUUUCGCUGACUGCAAACGGCGACAUCACCAGCCUUCCUACCUGGCUCUUUGGAGAGACGCCAGAUGAGUCGGGGAAGCUACACAAUGCCACCUCUUGUGUUGUGAUCACCGUCGAUAGGGGCUCAGGAGAUCUGGAUGCCUUUUACUUCUACUUCUACUCGUACGAUCAAGGGGCAAACAUCACUCAGGUUCUACCACCUAUGAAUGGAUUGAUAGAAGACACUGAGCAUGGGAUGCACUUUGGUGAUCAUGUUGGUGACUGGGAGCAUAACAUGAUUCGAUUUCACGACGGGAAACCUACCGGUAUCUAUUACAGUCAACAUUCUUCGGGCUCUGCCUACAAGUGGGAUGAUAAGGCCCUAUCAGUGGAAAAUGGUCGGCCUAUCGUUUACAGCGCAUGGGGUUCUCACGCGAAUUGGGCAUCUCCUGGCGAUCACGUUCACGACUCAGUCUUGUUAGACUACUGUGACGCAGGCCAAAUCUGGGACCCUGUAUCUUCGGCAUAUUACUAUAAAUUCGACCCCGAAACAUCACUCUUAACGAGCAUAUUUCCACCCGGGGCGGAAGCUUCUACCAAUCUCACAUCCUUCUUGUACUAUUCCGGUAUAUGGGGAGACUUCCAAUACCCCGACGACCAUCCACGUCAGAAGAUCGUACCCUACUUUGGUCUGAAGCGUUACGUCUCCGGCCCGACGGGCCCGACUACGAAGCAGCUUGUAAGGAAGCGACUCUUUCCCGACCACCCUGAAAGAAAGAAUCUUUUGCAGUGGGGAGUUGGCAUAUACAUGUCGCUGUAUCCAUGCUGUUUUAGGGGAUGGAGAGCCUGGGCUUCUGGCAUCGCCUUCAUUGGGUUGUUGGUGUGCAUUGUCCUUGGGAUCAAACGCUCUUUGAAGUGGGCUAGGGCGCGGAAGGAGGGGUAUAAGAAGAUCGGCAACGAGGAAAGCAUUCCGUUGUGGGAACUGGACUACUUAGAUGACAGAACUUCGAAUCACCGGGAUUGA